UACACUCCUAUCCAGUCCCCCAGUGAAUGAAUUCAGAGCCUUCUCCCUGCCAUUCACACCCCUCCUCUUCUCUUUCCAUCUUCUGACUGAACGUCCCUGGUCUCUGCUUCCUCUUGGCCCAUCUUACUUCCUGAAACACCGCUGAAGAGGGCUGCUUAUCUCGAUGGAGCUCAAGUGGCCCCCUGGGGGCAGGAGGCAGAGGUCUUGAGCGUGUUUGUCUGGGGAACUAAGAGCUGCAGCACUUUCAGAUUCAGCCCACAGAGAACUGUCCUCCACGCUUCCGGGAGCCCAGGGAUGUGUGGCCCACAAAGAGGCAAGAAGUGAUUGCCCCUAGAUGGGCUCUCUCUAAGAAAAGGUGGGGGCGUCUCCAAGAGAGUGUCCCAUCGGAGAAGAGAAGGAAUGAGCGAGUUGUGAGUUUCAGACUGCUGCUGCUGCCCCUGAACCUCAAGUGAGGUGCCUGGCAAAAGCUCGACUCACCAGGCUGCACGGAUCCCGUCAGCACGCCUGCUACUAGGGAGGCUCCUUGGCGAGAGCAAGAUGGCUGUCAACAGCACUGCCCUGUUGUUGGCCAACGUGACCUACAUCACCGUGGAGAUUCUCAUCGGGCUCUGUGCCAUAGUGGGCAAUGUGCUGGUCAUCUGGGUGGUCAAGCUGAACCCCAGCCUGCAGACCACCACCUUCUAUUUCAUCGUCUCCCUGGCCCUGGCUGACAUUGCCGUUGGGGUGCUGGUCAUGCCUUUGGCCAUUGUCAUCAGCCUGGGUAUCACAAUCCACUUUUAUAACUGCCUCUUCAUGACCUGCCUACUGCUGAUCUUCACCCAUGCCUCCAUUAUGUCCUUGCUAGCCAUUGCUGUGGACCGAUACCUGCGGGUCAAGCUCACAGUCAGAUACAGGAGGAUCACCACUCAAAGAAGAAUAUGGUUGGCCCUGGGCCUUUGCUGGCUGGUGUCAUUCCUGGUGGGACUGACCCCCAUGUUUGGCUGGAACAUGAAACUGACCUCCGAGUACUACAGAAAUGUCACCUCCCUUUCAUGCCAGUUCCGUUCUGUCAUGACGAUGGACUACAUGGUCUACUUCAGCUUCUUCACGUGGAUUUUAAUCCCCCUGGUUAUUAUGUGCGCCAUCUAUCUUGACAUAUUCUAUGUCAUCCGGAACAAACUCAAUCAGAGCUUCUCGAGCUCCAAAGAGACAGGCACGUUUUACGGACGGGAGUUCAAGACGGCCAAGUCUCUGUUUCUGGUUCUCUUCCUGUUUGCUUUGUCCUGGCUGCCUUUAUCCAUCAUCAACUGUAUCACCUACUUCCACGGUGAGGUGCCGCAAAUUAUACUUUACUUGGGCAUUUUGCUCUCCCAUGCUAACUCCAUGAUGAACCCUAUUGUCUAUGCUUACAAAAUAAAGAAGUUCAAGGAAACCUAUGUUUUGAUCUUCAAAACCUGUAUGAUCUGCCAGUCCUCUGAUUCCUUGGACCCAAGCACUGAUCAGACUUCUGAGUAGUUAUCCAUGAAAGACCCCUCUUCACCCCAUUGACCUUCGGAUUCGGCAUCAGUAAACACUUGAAGAACCACCCAUCUGAGCCAAAGGCUUUCAUGUCCUUAAUUCCUUCUACUGAGUGGGGAGCAUUUGACUGGCUGCCCCCAGUGGUACCUCCCCUAACAUCCCCUUUCUAUUAUCCAAUUUUUUCCUUGUCUUUCUUUGAUUCUAUGUUCUGGAUGACUGACUUGAAGAAAGCGUUCUACUGUUACUACUGUCUCCUGUUUGGGAAGGAGGAGAAGUCAAGGUAUCUGAAGGAUGCUUUGUUGGCUUACUGAUGAAAGGUCCCGAUCUGGAUGUGUGUGGUGGUGACUCAGUUCCUUUCUGUUGUGGAACCAAGCAGAGACACCUACACCAUCAGAUGCCAGGGAGAUGGUGGGAGCAGAGUUUAACAAAGGGGGAUUUAAACUGCUGAAUUCACCAGUAUUUGAGUAAAUGUAUUUGAGUAAAUAAAAGAUGACGGCUAACUGUUGUGUAGCUCUCUGCUGGGGGUCAGGGUCACUUGGGGUUGCAGACCCCAGCUGGCUGCUCAUGGCACUCAACCUGCUUGCCAUAUUCACCUGUUUGGACUCUGGGGACCUCACUCCUUGCCUAGAAUACCCUGUUCCUUUUUCCUGGGCUGAUCGGAGCAUUUGCCAACUUUAUGAACCAUUCAUCAAUUGUUAGAGAAGGGUCAAAAGAGGCAAAAAAAAAAAGAGAGAGAGAGAGAGAGAGAGAGAGAGACAGGAUAGCUAUUCUUUGCUUAGCACUUUCUAUGCACUACCUACUUUGCAUACAUUGGUCCAGACACCCUCUGGGGUAAGUCCCACCAUUACUAUCCUCUUCACUGUGCAGAAGAAAAUGGAAGAACAGAGAGGUUAAAUAACUUGUCUAUAGUCAAACAGUUAACAAGUAGUAGGGCCAGGAUUGAAACUCAGCCCUGCCUUCUGGGAGAUCCCAAGCUCCUCUCCACCUAUUCUCAGACAGGAAGAGGGGCUUGUAACUUCUCCAAAGUGCAAACUCUCAAGUUCAUCUAAGGUACAAUCAGCAGACACAUGGAUACAAACUAUAGCUUGAAUGCUCGAGCACGCCGUACUUAGGUACGCCAGGCGGGGACAGAGUUCCAGCCACACCUUUCAAACACUGAGUGUGGCUCUGGAGAUUCAAGGGCACAUCUCUGGUGUGGUCCGUGCACACUUGCAGCUGUGGACUUUCCCCAGACAAUGAAUAUAUAAACUUGAUGAGAGCAGCAAGAUGGGAUUUCAAUUAAACCACUUCUAAGAGGAUAAGUAUACUGAAAAUGGUUUAUUAUUAUCAUCAUUAUUAGUUCAUAGCCGAUUCUGAAAGUUUAUCCCGACCGCAAUCUUGGGCCAGGGCACGAUAACCAUAUUUAUCUAGUUAACAUUUCAUUUCAGUAAAGGUCCCCGCUUGUCUCCCUCUAUCACCCCAGGAAGAAGAACACUGUCUGGGAAGUUGAAAAACUUCCGUCUACUUUCCUACUAGCCCCAAACUGAGCUGGUCACCCACCCACCCACUUCCCUGCACCGCUCACAAUCUAUCUUAAAGGCAAAUGGCUGGACCGCGGCGCCACUGUCCCCGGAAGUGUGGGAGGCUACCUUCAGCCCAGCAGCCUCCCCUUCAACAUUUGGGGAUCUAUUUUCUUUAAAAAUCCAAGCACCGGCCCCAAAACCUCCACCAAAUUUCCCCCUUAAAGGCGUCCCCUUGUUUGAUUUAAGGCUUUCCCCCCUGAAUUAGUUUUCGUGCUGAGUUAAAACGCCCCUCCAGGAUGAGGCCCCAGGUUUACUGUGAUCGGAUUUUCUGGUGACCCUGUUGCAUUCCGCUGGCCAGAAACCACCUCCGCCCCGUCGGACCCUUGAGGGAAGGGCUGAUCAGUUUUCAGUCCCAGAUACAGGCGCUUCAUAAUUUACAAACAAUCUGUAACAUUGCAGUAGC